AUGCCUGAAUUAUAUCCUUCUCCUGCAUCCACUUCUGACAAUCAGAAUUCCCUCAAUGAGUACCGGCCCCUCACUCUCACUCCUGCAGACAUUUCAGCUACAAUGUCAAUGUCUGCAUCGUGUAUCCGAGCAUGCAUCUCCCAAUAUCAGGCAGAGGCUGCAAACAACAAUCUUCCCCCUUUGGCUCGGAUCAGGCACUUCAAAGCUGGGCUGCAAUGGGAGAUCUCUAUCCCAGAGAUCCAUCCCAGAUCAUAUCUGGCUAUGAUACCCCAUGGUGGAUGGGAGAAACUGCAAUCCCAAACGAACCAUAGCAAUGAUGGCAUUGAGAAUGAUGGUUUGACAAUUCCGGAGCAGGUGGAUCAUACCUCAGUUCCAUCACUGAUGGGACUGAGGUGGAUUAGACAAUGCCUCCUGACAUUACUUGAGGAACAACAUGAGGGCAUCUGUGAUAAGAUGGCAGAGAUACAGAUCUACACUGCCAUUCUAGACAGAUUGAAGAGAGGCAGAGGAGAGUAG